UUGAAUUGAACCAUAAUUAAAGGAAAAGUCAUGACUUGCAAGUUGCAACUUGCAAAACGCAAAGAAAGACUUUGAUACAACAAACUUGGAAAGAAAAGUAGAACAUAAACACAGAAAGUAGAGAAACAAACUUCUCCAGUUACCUUGCUAACUCCGUUGUUAAUUUUUAUAUGCUCCGUUAUUUCCGCUUCCAAACUUCAACGCUUCACCGAAACAAAAAAACAAAGCACACGUUAACGUUGACUGCGUCCAACUCAUCACCAUGAACGUGACGAAUCCACAGCCACCGGUUCCGUCGUCUCCGGUUCUGUCUCCCCUCGCUGAUUCGCAGCGCAAGAUUGCGAUCGCUGUUGACCUAAGUGACGAGAGUGCUUAUGCUGUCAAGUGGGCCGUACAGAACUACCUCCGUCCCGGUGACGCCGUCAUCCUCCUGCACGUGCGCCCCACGAGCGUUCUCUAUGGUGCUGACUGGGGCUCUGAUGCCGGGGCUACGGCAGAGCCGGGAGAGGAGUCGCGGCGGAAGCUGGAGGAGGAUUUCGUCAGCUUCACGAGCAGCAAGGUCAGUGACCUAUCUCAGCCCCUUGUGGAGGCUGAAAUUCCGUUCAGCAUCCACAUAGUGAAAGACCACGAUAUGAAGGAGAGGUUGUGCUUGGAAGUGGAGAGAUUGAGACUGGGCGCUGUGAUCAUGGGGAGCCGGGGAUUUGGCGCAGGCAAGAGGAGUGGUAAGGGCAGGCUUGGGAGUGUCAGCGAUUAUUGCGUGCAGCAUUGCGUCUGUCCUGUGGUGGUUGUCAGGUAUCCUCACCACAAGAAUAGUAACGCCGCCCAGGAUGAGACUGACGAAGUCGCAGAGUUGCUUCCUGUCCCCGAGGAGGAAGAAGAGUAUCAUGAUGCCUCAGAUCAGCAUAAAGGUGUUUGAUGAGACUAUUUGGCACAAGUGGAUCACAACAUUGACGGAAGAGAAUAUUUUCAUGCCAAAUACGGACAAGAACGUGCUAUUUGUAUUUCUUUCUUUCUUUCUCCCCGCUCUUUUUAGGACAGAUCAUGUUAGUGUUGAGCAGUCAAACAUUGGGAUGAAUUUAUGAUGACAAAUAGGGAAGAAUGAGCUAGUGUUAAGAAUUCAAAAUAUUGGAAUGAAUUAAACUUUGUAAUUUGUGAAGUUUCACUUGUUGAUUUACAUGCAAAACUUUGUUUUCCUCCA